AUUGGGAGCAUCUCUGUCUCCAGACAUUCAACGACUCAGAGACCCUAUCGACUCGCGUCGAGACCCUCAGCCGUCCGGAAUUCUUCUCCAGAAGUGGUUCAUUACUAUUGUGUCUAGAUCCCUGGACUAACAGCAAACGGCAAAGCGGGUUGCCCCUCCCACCCCUCUCGUCCUUUGUUCAACUUCCAUCUCUGCGAUUAAAUCCGCAACGCAUGCUAGGAGUCCCGCUCUCAUACGUUCCUCCUCCUUUAAUGCUCCAGAACGGCCGCCUCCCAAAGAUCCUCUCACAAAGCGCAAGGUGCCUGACACGACCGGUACUAAAGGCACAGGCAUAUCGCAGUUGAUAAUACCAAACUUUUCCUCAAAUUCGAAUCACGCCGCCUCACCAGGUGAUUUCCAAUCGUUUCCGCCGAACCUUUGGACAUACCGGGAAUAAACUGGGUGAGAACCCCAACGCUAGGCUCAAACAUGGAUUUCCAGAUCUACGGUGGCCUACCCGGCGCACCGCCUCCAACGUCGGGAGGGGGUGCUCUCGGCCCGCAAAGUGCUAGUUCGAUAUACAUAAACAUCCAUCAAACGUCAUCAAAGCGGAUAGCGACACUGGAUUAUAUACGCAAGGCACACGAAGGUCGCGUCUAUUGGUUUAAUACAGUGCACUUCUCAAAAUCGGACCUCUCCCGCAUGUCCUAUUUCGAGCACCGGAAACUCUCCCGCCGAGCAAUCAACUACCUCCUUCUUGGUCUAUCUAUUCCCCCCCUUCUCGAUGUCAGCUCAACCCCUUUCGAAUACCUCCGUGCCCUAAAUGCACUCCUCAUUGAAUUCGAAACGUUCCAACAGGUCCACCCGGCCGACGGAAAUGCCUCAUCUUCACUCGCGCGCGCAAGAAUACCCCAUAUGUUCAAACGUUCUGUUCACUCAGGCGCUAAAGGUCGGCGGACGAGUUCAGCAACAGAAAUCGGCCUUCCCAUGCAGACAAGCGACGCAUCAGACGUCAAAACCAUCACAGGGAAUAUUGCGACUUCAUCAAAUUCCUCCGCUGCCACAUCAUAUCCCAGCACAGACUCUACGGAGCUUCUACCUGGUGAAGAAUACACGUAUCUGCUCACGCCAACCUUGCCCUUCGACCCUGACUUUUUCGAAACCUUUUCAUCGUUAUGCGAUGUCUUGAUUGAUUGUUAUUCACGACUUAUGGCACUCGUGUCUGGGCCUGCUGUCUGCUCCGCAGUCAUUGCCGAGAUGUUCAAUAAGACUGAUUCGAGGUUGCGCAAAGUUAUUUUUGCAGGUGUGGUAAAGGAGUUUGAGGAUGCCAGUCGGAGUAAUGUCAAAUCAGAGAUUGCUGGAGUGAACAAAGUACUUCUUGGGGGGCUAUUGGACUAAGUUCAUCAUGCGUAUUCAUUUACAUAGACUUUUAGGGUUCUGGAAAUUGUGCACUUCUCUCCUGCUGCAGUGCAUCAUGAGACUGUUCUAUUUCCCCUGGCAGUGUGUGAAAGGAUGGGAAGGGCUGAGAAGGGGCGGGCGCGUAUUCAUUUUAAUCAGAGGCCAUGCAGUUAUGUAGCGAACAUAUAUCUUAAACAUAUAUUGUAAAAAUUACUUUUAUAAUAAUAAAAGAACAUACAUAAAUGUUC